AUGUCGGAUCUGGGCUCGGAGGAGUUGGAGGAGGAGGGAGAGAAUGAUAUUGGGGAAUAUGAGGGGGAACGGAAUGAUGCAGGUGAACGGCAUGGGAACGGGAAAGCCAGACUGCCCAAUGGGGAUACCUACGAAGGGAAGUACGAAUUCGGCAAAAGACACGGCCAGGGGACCUACAAAUUUAAAAAUGGUGCUCGCUACAUUGGAGAAUAUUUCAAAAAUAAAAAGCAUGGUCAAGGCACUUUUAUAUACCCAGAUGGAUCCCGAUACGAAGGAGAGUGGGCAGAUGACCAGAGACAUGGCCACGGUGUGUACUACUACAUCAACAAUGACACCUACACAGGAGAGUGGUACUCUCACCAAAGGCAUGGGCAAGGCACCUAUUUCUAUGCAGAGACGGGCAGCAAGUAUGUCGGCACCUGGGUGAACGGACAGCAGGAGGGUGCAGCCGAGCUUAUCCACCUGAACCACAGAUACCAGGGCAAGUUCUUGAACAAAAACCCCGUUGGCCCUGGAAAGUAUGUGUUUGACAUUGGAUGUGAACAGCACGGUGAAUAUCGGUUAACAGAUGUGGAAAGAGGUGAAGAGGAAGAGGAGGAGGAAGCGUUAAUAGCUGUCGUUCCCAAAUGGAAAGCUACCAAAAUCACAGAGUUGGCCCUGUGGACGCCGAGGCUCCCUGAGGAGCUGCCACCUGCAGACACAUUGCCUGGGCAAGAAGAGGUCAUGGGGGCCGAGGGGGGAGAGCCUGGGGACGACAUCCAGCUGCUGACAGACUUUUCUGAGGGCGAGAAUGAAUCUUUAAGGGCCAUCGAUGAGGAUGGAGACACCAUCAGGGAGGAGGGCCAGGACUACAGCAGGGACGAGUUCCGAUAUGACAUGGACCAGGGUGAGGACGAGGGUGAGGGGAGCGUAAGCGAGGGUCUCCUCACACCGUGUGAUGAGGCAGCCUGGAGCAAGGCUGUCCUAGGUCAGGCCCGGGGACUUGAGAGGGAUUCUGAAGAUCCACUAUGAACUCACGUGGAAUCCGUAUCAGAAGGGUACUUCUCUCUUAAAUACCCCUGCAAACCUGUUGACUCCAGCAGGGAACCACCCACAUUUGAUGCCUACUCUUCUCUCUGUGGAGCCCUGGUAGUGCAGUGCUUAAGAGCUAUGGCUGCUAACCAAAAGGUCUGUGGUGCAAAUCCACCAGCUGCUCUUUGGAAGCCCUAUGGGGCAGUUCUACUCUGUCCUGUAGGGUCACCACAAGUUGGAAUCAACUCCCCAACAACGGGUUUGAACAGGUUUGGUUCUUUCUGUCCCUUGCUAAUCUCCGUUUUGACCUCAGGGCAAAAGUUCAGUUAGAAAUCAGUAACACCGCUUUGCUUGAUUACAUCGUUUUUA